UUGGGAAGCCGCCCAAUGGCUUUUUUAUUAGCCGCCCUUUUUUUGAAAUAGCCGCCUUUUGGCGUUGGAGCGACUGUGCCCUUUCCUUUUUUCUUUUUACCAAGUUUUACCCAACAUGUCCCAAGCAUCAGGAUCCAUUGCCAGCAGAAUCACUCAAAAGCUCGGAUCACCCGAAUUUCGCAACUAUUUGAUGAGCACCCACUUCUGGGGCCCUGUUGCUAACUGGGGUAUUCCUCUUGCUGCCAUUGCUGAUUGGAAGAAGGAUCCUGCAUACAUUUCGGGCAACAUGACAGUUGCUUUGUGUGUCUACUCUGGUCUUUUCAUGCGCUUUGCCUUGGCAGUACAGCCCACGAACUACUUGUUGUUUGCUUGCCACGCUACAAACGAAGUUGCUCAGCUUGUCCAAGGCUACAGAUACCUUCAAUAUAACAAGUUUGGUGACAACAAGGCAGCAGAACAAAAGCAAGAAGAAAAGCCUUCGACUGCUUAGAUUCACCUGGUUUAGAUUUUGUAUAAAGUAUAUAAGAAAAGUAUUAAAGAAAGGCAGUGAAUAUACAU